AUGCUAGUAAACGAUGAAAGAUCUUGCUUUGUUAUCUUUAUAUUAUUGGAAAUUUUGUUUUCAUUAAUCUCACUAGGAGCAUUGAACCUUCAUUUUUUAAUUGGCGCAUUCGAAGGUACUUGGUUUGUUGUUGUCUCACAAUCGAAUCAUGUUGUCAUGGAAGUAUCGUAUGACGAUUCAAAAUUAUCAUGGCUUCAAUUACAAUUAAAAGGAACAUGUAAUAUUAUUGAAUCACCAUUUAAUGAUUGGUUUACGGGUCAUUUAAAUUUUCAAAUUGAACAUCAUUUAUUUUCGACGAUGCCAAGACAUAAUCUCUAUAAAAAUCCAAUCGGACAUAAUGGCAUUAUGCCGAAAAUAUAA